AUGUGUCGUUUAGUUCCAAAGUGCGGUCUCAAUUUCAAACCAACGGCUCAAAAGCCAGUUGAAUAUAAGUAUGGUCCACGAUCUGUCGCCAUCGGCGAUUUCGACAAUGACACCGUUUUGGAUAUGAUUAUUGCCAAUCAUAUCGUGAACAAAAUAGCUGUCUAUUUGGGACAUGGUGAUGGUACUUUUAGAGAUCCAACUAUGUAUUCAACAGGUUCCUACUCUAGUCCUUACAUGGUCAUAGUUGCUGAUUUCAACAAUGACAACCGAUCGGAUAUUGCAGUAGCGAAUUUUGGCACUAACAAUAUCGGGAUCUUUCAUGGAUUUGGGAAUGGUUCUUUUGCAAGUCAAAUACAACUUUCAACAGGCUCAUCUCGUCCGAUAGCAAUUAUUGCCGUUGAUUUCAACAAUGACUCACUACUGGAUAUUGCCACUGCGAAUUACGGAACUCACAGUAUUAGUAUAUUCUAUGGAUAUGGUCAUGGAAAUUUUUCGCCUCCAAAUACGUAUUCAACAGGUUAUGAUUCUCUUCCAUCAUCAUUAGCUGCUGGAGAUUUCAAUAACGACAACUAUUUAGAUCUCGCCAUUGCCAAUUAUGGCACGAAUAAUGUUGGCAUACUUUUUGGAAAUACCAACAGAACUUUUGAAAAACAAAUCACGCUUUCAACUGGACUUGGUUCCCAUCCAUUCGCAAUUGCGGUCGGCCAUUUCAAUGCCGACAACUUUCUGGAUAUCGCUAUCGCGAAUUCCGGAACACGUGAAAUAGGUGUACUCUUAAACAAUGGCAAUAGAACUUUCGUUAAUCAAGCCACCUAUUCCAGCGGUUCUGCUUCUCCAUAUGCGAUUGGCAUCGGAGACUUCAAUCAAGAUAAUCGAUUGGAGAUCGUCAUCGCUAAUAAUGGCAAUGAAAAUAUAGGUGUACUUCUCGGAUAUGGAAACGGCCAUUUUGAAAAUCCAAUUAUGUAUUCAACUGGAUCUUAUUCUUCGAUUUCCGUUGCUAUAGGUGAUCUUAACAAGGAUCAUCGAUUAGACAUUGUCGUCGUGAACAAUGAUACUGGUAGCAUAGAUAUUCUCCUUGGUUAUUUUGAGGGAUUUUUAAAUCAAACAAGGUAUUCAGCUGGCUCUUCUCCACAAUCUGUAGUUGUUGGUGAUUUCAACAACGACACUCUACUAGAUAUCGUUGUCGCCAAUUAUUAUAGCUAUGAUGUGAGUGUCCUUCUUGGAAAUGGAGAUGGUUCUUUUGAAAAUCAAACAAAGUAUUCAGCUGGCAUUUAUCCAUAUUCUGUAGUUGUUGGCGACGUCAACAACGACACUCAACUAGAUAUCGUUGUCACCAAUUCGGGUAGCAAUGAUGUGAGUGUCCUUCUUGGAAAUGGAAAUGGUUCUUUUCAAAAUCAAACAAGGUAUUCAGCUGGCUCUCAGCCACAAUCUGUAAUUGUUGGUGAUUUCAACAACGACACUCGACUAGAUAUCGUUGUCGCCAAUUCUGGUAGCAAUGAUGUGAGUAUCCUUCUUGGAAAUGGAAAUGGUUCUUUUAAAAGACAAACAAGAUACUCAGCUGGCUCUUGGCCACGAUCUGUAGUUGUUGGUGAUUUCAACAACGACACUCAACUAGAUAUCGUUGUCGUCAAUAGAGAUAGCAAUGACGUAAGUAUCCUUCUUGGAAAUGGAAAUGGUUCUUUUAAAAGUCAAACAAGGUAUUCCGCUAGCUCUUUUGCACAAUCUGUAGUUGUUGGUGAUUUCAACAAUGACACUCUACUAGACAUCGUUGUCGCCAAUGCGUAUAGCAAUGAUGUGAGUGUCCUUCUUGGAAAUGGAAAUGGUUCUUUUCAAAAUCAAACAAGUUAUUCAGUUGGCUCUUUGCCACAAUCUGUAAUUGUUGGUGAUUUCAACAAUGACACUCGACUAGAUAUCGUUGUCGCCAAUUGGGAUACCAAUGAUGUAAGUGUCCUUCUUGGAAAUGGAAAUGGUUUUUUUGAAAAUCAAACAAGGUAUUCAGCUGGCUCUCAUCCACAAUCUGUAAUCGUUGGUGAUUUCAACAACGAUACUCGACUAGAUAUUGUUGUCGCCAAUUGGGGUAGCAAUGAUGUGAGUGCCCUGCUGCAAUAUAACAGAGGAGCGAUGGCAUAUAAAAUGUCGUAUGCAUCUGGCGGUGGAUCUAGCCUACAAUGCGUAGUGAUCGGGGAUUUGAACAACGAUACUAAUCUGGAUAUUGUCUUAGCUAAUUAUGGCACUAAUAAUAUCGGCGUCCUUGUCGGAUAUGGAAAUGGUAGUUUUGAAAAUCAAAUGAUGUUCAGCACUGGCGCAAAUUCUCAUCCGAUUUCCAUCGCGAUUGGGGACUUCAAUGGCGACCGCGUAGUGGAUAUUGCUGUAGC